AUGUCGGCGGCGGAAGAUUCGCUGCGACGGAGAGCAGCCAUGCGAGGCUUGCCAAUGGUACAAGAAAACGGAGCUAUGCCAGUAUUCGGACCCUCGCAUGUAGAAAAGCUCUCGUCCACCGUCGAUGAGUAUCGAACCGUAUUCGAACGGCUCUUCCCGGACGUUCCGCUACAGUCCCUCUCCACCCUCCCGCGAGAACGGCUGCUCGAGCUCGCGUCGAAUGCGGGCACCCACGGCGGAUUCCCCCCCGCGUCUAACACGUCAACCACUGACAAUGACGCGACUCCGCCUCCGCAGGGAGACGACACCCUGGAGUCUCUCCAGACAAUGCCGGACGAUUACACCGAGAGCCAUGUGUCGGACAGCCCUGACGUUGUCGACACCGUGUCGGACGAUGUCAACGCGCUGUCGCUCUCCCCAAAACGACCCUCCACAUACCUGGGAAUAUCCUCUGUGAAUGCUGUGAUGCAGGUGAUAGCAUGGAUUGACCCAUCCAGUGCUCAGAUGUUUCUGGGUGCUCCUGAUCGGCAGUUGCACUCAACGAAACGAGAGCCAGCUUUCCAGCCAAAUAGCUCUACGUGGCCCGCAAACCAUUCAUCGGGCGUGGGCGAAGCCAAUACCAUAGAGCUCAUCGAUGCCUACUUCAGCUAUUUCCAUACAUUUGCUCCAUUACUGGACGAACAAUUGUUUAGGGAAACCGUCUUGAUGGGAAAGAGAUGCGAUCCGCGUUGGCUGGCUCUUGAGAACAUCGUUUAUGCGCUCGGGAGUAUUGCUGCCUAUACGGCUGAGGAUACCUCGCAUGAAUCGUACUACUUGAGAAGCAAGCACUACCUCAGCCUCGACAGCCUAGGCAACCCACACCUGGAAACCAUUCAGACCCUGGCUCUAAUGGGGGGGAGUUAUUUACAUUAUAUCAGCCAGCCCAAUUUAGCCCAUUCUUUUACCGGAGUUGCUCUACGUAUGGCUACUAUGCUCGGCCUACAUAAGGAGUUCACCGGCCACCAGGAACCGUCAAGUCAUCAAAGGAAGUUUUCGGUUGACUUAAGGAGGAAGAUCUGGUGGUCACUGCUUUGUCUCGAUACUUGGGGUUAUAUGACCCUGGGUAGGCCAAGCAUGGGAAGGUUUGGUCCAGGAAUCACAGCAAAACUGCCUCAGUAUCAAGGAGACAAGGAAUCAUCAUUCGAUGUUGUCUCCCUGAUUGAGAACACUCGCUUUUGCAAGAUUGCCACUCUGGUAGGAGAUACUCUUGCAGCGUCUCCAUUAGUUACAUAUGCGGAGAUGGUUAGCCUCGAUCAUCAACUCAUUGACUGGUAUAACAAUCUUCCCCCCCUUUUGAAAGACCGGGAUCCAUGUUCAGAUACCGUUUCGACAACUCGUACCGUUAUGCGAUGGCGCUACCAGAGUCAACGCAUUUUACUUCACAGGCCAGUCUUACUAAGCUACGCCAUGCGACGGGUUCCUUACAUUGCUGUCAAAGCGGAGGAGAGAUACGCUAUUGAACAGUGCAGGAUAGUCGCUGACGAAACCAUCCGCGACGUGGCAUCUGCCCUUCGGCUUAACCAAAUGACUGGGUGGAACGCUGUGUGGCUCCUCUUCCAAGCGACGCUAGUCCCUCUUCUUGGACUGUUCAUCGCUGAUAGCACUACCACGCACCCACUUGGCACCCCAGAUAAUUGCAGGACUCAGGUUGAAAUUGCCAUGGCAGCACUUUCUCGUCUGGAAUCGUGGAGCCCGACCGCUCGAAGGACGCUGGAAGUCGUGUCUACAAUCUUGGAAGCCAGCCAAAGGCCCCGUACCGCUACCACUAGCAGUCACUGUUCAGAGCAGCAAGCCCCCACUCCAAGCACUGGUGCUCAACUUGUCACCCACUCGAUAGAUGCACUCGGUGCAGUCACGUCAACCUAUUCUAUGAGCCACGCGGCCGCUGUUGGCCCUUGCUUUGAUGGCUAUCAAGGAAUCGGGGCUUAUAUGGACCAUUCGCCGCAGCAAAUGUUGGAUUACAUCACCUGGAGCGAUAAUAUGUGGCCAGGUGCCCAAGGAGAUUUUUAUCCACCCCAAACAACCCCAGUAGGGCUCUUUAGCCAGGCCGAGGAGUACCUUAAGCCCCUGGAUCACGGAAGGUUUGUUGCCGCUUUGCCAGCCCAGCAGAGCAUUUUACGAUUUCAGUAG